AUGCAAAUGAAUUCUACAGAACUUUAUUUCAUCCCUUUCAGAAAGUAUUAUCAAGUUUUCUGGCUUCACAGUAUCCCAAAAUAACUGAAAAGUUCAUCCACUGGAGAGUCUGUAAUGGGGGUUUUGUGAAAGUGCGUGAGAACUGUGUUUUUCCAAAUUAAUGCAAAGUGAUGCAUGCUCAGAAAAAUGACACCAGAUACACUGGGGAAGGACAUGAGUCAGAACCUGGAAGGCAGCAGAAUUACCCUACUUACUAAAAUAGACUUAUUAACUGUUAAGCUAUGUAUAUAGUUAGCAUAAAAUAUAUAUUGUUCAUUGUAUUUAUCCUGUUUGGUGAUAUGAUAAACAUGCAGCUUAUAUUUAUUAAACAUAGAGCUGUAUCUAAAAAAUGAAUUUGUUUAAAUGACAUGACCAAAAAAAAAGCUUUCUUGAAACAAUGUGAAAUCUUAUAUGCUUAGGUAGAAUGAAAAACCCCACUUCCUUUUAAAGCAUCAACAUACUGCCAGCCCAAACUUCACGUGCCAAGUCAUAAGUUCAUAAAGAAUUCUCCUGGGCUUGUUUUAAACUGCUGACAGUGCAUGUGAAAGGAGAUCAGGUCUGAAAACCACGCACAAGAAUAAAACCCUUGUUGCGAGAUAGUAUCAUUGACGAGUUGAGGGGAGGGAACAAAACACUUCCAGAUUCAUACAAGGCACACAGUGUUCUGCUCCCAAAAAGGAAAUAUUAAUUUCAACACACAUUUUUGGAGUGCCAUUAGGAUGACACACAUAAAGCCUUACCCUUGCAUUUGCCCUGCUCCCAAGUUAAUUCUUUUCCAGAUGCCUUUUUGUUUGUUUUUUUUUUUUAAAGAAAGAGUUUGCAGAUGAGUUUCUAAGGAGAGUGAAAGAAAUGGGUUAAGAUAAAACUUCAAAGAGAGGAAGCACGGCUAAAAAAAAAUGUACAGAGGUGCUGCAGGCAACUAAUUCUUUAGUCCUGUAAUAUUUAAGCUACCUUGGUGCAGGUUCUGAAAGAAGCGGUCUCAUUCUCCCCAACUAUUUGAUGUCUUUUCCCCACACACUUUGCUACCAUCAGUCUUGGCAUUUAUUUAGUGAUUUCCUCUGGCAAGUCAAUCUUCAGCAGCACCAGUCAAGCACAGACACCCAACGCUGCUAAUGUGAAACAAAGCAGCUGAAGGCACUGAGGAGGCUGGCACCAUACUUCUCUAAGGCUGUGCCAGCUUCUGUCAGGCUACAAUACUUGUGAAACUGAGGUGUGUCUGUUCUCAGAAGCACGAGGGAAUGUUCUAGAAACAGCUCUUGGUUCCAUCCCUUUGUUGUCCCAGCAAUCUGAUCCAGAAACCUCCUUAAUAUACAGGAUAAAGAGCAAAUAAAUGAGCAGAGUUUGCUUUAUUCUGGGUGUUUCGCCUGCUCAGUUAUGGCUGGUUCCAGGCAGUGGUUUUCCACUCGGGGGUGCCGAGGGUUUUGCCAGCUGGCUGUGAUCCCAAAGGCUGGCAGGGGACGUGCAGCCCCCCUGGCUGCUGCGGCCCCCCCUGCCAGCAGGGGCAUCUGGACACCAAACACAGAAGGGGUGCCCGCCCAUCUACAGGUUUGUAAGCGAAUGGACUUGGUUUGCCAGAGAAUGCUAAAUCAGGGAUUUCUGAAAGUGGAAAGAUACCACAACUUGUGUCAAAAGCAAGUUAAAGCUCAACUUCCAAGACGGGAGUCAGAAAGGAGAAAUCAUUCAUUAGCUCGCCAUGCAGACAUCCUCGCUGCUGUGGAAACAAGACUCUCUCUCUUAAAUAUGACUUUCAUGAAGUAUGUGGAUUCCAAUCUCUGUUGCUUCAUACCUGGCAAGGUAAUAGAUGAAAUUUAUCGAGUGCUAAGAUAUGUAAACUCUACAAGAGCUCCUCAGAGAGCUCAUGAAGUUCUUCAAGAACUAAGGGACAUUUCCUCCAUGGCUAUGGAAUAUUUUGAUGAGAAGAUUGUUCCAAUACUGAAAAGAAAGAUGCCUGGGUCAGAUGUAUCGGGACGUCUAAUAGGAACUGCCCCAGGAACUUUAUUAGAAUCAACAGUUCCAAGCUCAGAUUCCAGUAUGGUUUUAGUGCUUAGGAAGAGUGAUUCUAAAGAAGCAUGGAAAGUAAAUUCCUUUCUUCUAAAAUUUCCAGGACCUUCUGCAGCACUGACAACAAUGCAGCUGUUCUCCAAACAGAGCCCUUCCAGGCAGGAAGUCACCAAGCUGCAGCAGCAGGUGAAAGCCAACGGCACGGGCCUGACGGCGCUAAAGCGGGAGAUCUCAGAGCUGCGCGUCAAAGUGCAGGAGCAGCAGAAGCAGCUCCAGGAUCAAGACCAGAAACUGCUUGAGCAAACCCAAAUCAUUGGGGAACAGAACGCCCGCUUGGCCGAGCUGGAGCGCAAGCUGCGAGAGGUGAUGGAGAGCACAGUAGGGAAUUCUUCAGGUUCCGGCUCAAAUGAACAGUCUCCCCGGAAACGGAGGAAGGCGGUGGAUUCCACAGACUGUCCUAGGAAAUCUAAACGCCUUCGGAACAGAAAAUAACUGGGAAGGAAAUGGCACCUUCAGGAGGAUACACUGCUCUAGUAGCCUAAGCAGGCCUGCUUGUUUGGAUACUGUGACCCGCUUCAUGGUGUCACGUAGGCUGCUGGCUCUUCAAAACACCACUUAGACUUGAACAGUAAUUUUCUUUCAUUGACUUUUCCCCUGCUUUCUAUAUGGGUGGGCCUAAUGCACAGAAUCUUUUAAGAUUUGCAAUAGCUACAUACUAACCACACCUGCUCUGUUAUGUUUUGAAGGGUUAACCUUUUUUUUUCCGUGCAGAUGUGUUUAAAGUAAACUUAUUUGUGUUUAUGCAUAUGUUCACAUAAAAUCUUAAAUAAAUUGUCUUAACUGACUAAAUGGUUAAGAGUAAAAACAGAUGUCCUGUUCACUUGAAGGAAAGAUCCGCUUUUAAAACCUUGUUUUUGAGAACUUGACCUUUUUUGUUACAAGUGACCUUGUCUGGAAUGUCUGAAAAGUAGUUAAUACUUUUUGGGGUUCUCUGUAAUGAGUAAAACUGACUUCUUAAGCUACA